CCGAUGAAGGAGGCCGACGCCAUCAAGUUGUUUGUGGGGCAGAUUCCCCGGAAUCUGGAGGAGAAGGACCUCAAACCCAUCUUUGAGCAGUUUGGCAAAAUCUACGAGCUCACCGUGAUAAAGGACAAAUACACCGGCAUGCACAAAGGAUGUGCGUUUCUGACGUACUGUGCGAGGGAGUCUGCGUUGAAAGCCCAGAGCGCCCUUCACGAGCAGAAAACACUACCAGGGAUGAAUCGGCCAAUCCAAGUGAAACCAGCAGACAGUGAAGGCAGAGGCGAGGACAGGAAGUUGUUUGUGGGCAUGCUGGGGAAGCAACAGAGCGACGAGGAUGUUCGAAGGCUGUUCGAGCCCUUUGGCAGCAUAGACGAGUGCACUGUGUUGAGAGGACCUGACGGCACCAGCAAAGGGUGUGCAUUUGUAAAAUUUCAGGGACAUGCUGAAGCCCAGGCUGCAAUCAAUAGCCUGCAUGGGAGUCGCACAAUGCCUGGGGCGUCAUCCAGUCUGGUGGUAAAGUUUGCUGACACCGAAAAGGAGCGGGGACUCAGGAGGAUGCAGCAAGUGGCCUCCCAGCUGGGGAUCUUCAGCCCAAUGACCCUCAACUUCCCCGCCUACAACGCCUACACGCAGGCGCUUGUCCAACAGCAGGCCCUGGUCGCCCAGUCGGCGUACUUGUCCCCCGUGGCGACAGUCGCCGCCGUACAGAUGCAGCAGAUGGCGGCGCUCAAUGCCAACGGAAUCAUCGCCACGCCCAUUACGCCCAUCACGCCGUCUUCAGGGACAAACACUCCUCCGACUAUCGCAGCUACGCCUGUGCCAGCUCUCCCUCCACCUAUAGGAGUGAACGGUUAUAGCAGUGUCCCGGCUCCAACUAAUGGACAACAAGGAACAGAGACAUUAUACACCAAUGGCGUUCACACAUAUCAAGCUCAAACUCCAGCAGCAUUGGACCCACUACAACAGGCCUAUGCUGGCAUGCAGCAUUACACAGCAGCGUAUCCUGCCGCCUACGGAUUGGUCGGCCAGCCGUUCCCCCAGCAGCCAACACUGGUUGCCCAGCAACACCAGCAGCCCCAGCAACAGCAGCAAAGAGAAGGUCCUGAGGGUUGCAACAUCUUCAUCUACCACCUGCCUCAGGAGUUUAGUGAUUCCGAGAUGCUCCAGAUGUUCCUGCCCUUUGGCAAUGUCAUCUCAGCUAAGGUGUUUGUUGACCGGGCCACCAACCAGAGCAAAUGUUUUGGAUUUGUGAGUUUCGACAACCCUGCUAGCGCUCAGGCCGCCAUUCAGGCGAUGAACGGCUUCCAGAUCGGCAUGAAGAGACUCAAAGUGCAGCUCAAAAGGCCCAAGGAUGCCAACCGUCCAUACUGA